GUUGUGAAAUCAGAAGAAAAUAGUUAUUUAUCAUUUCCUUCUCCGUUAUGUGUCUUGGUCGGUAACUCUUUCAUCUCUGGAGAUAGCAAAAUCAUUUUGGACGAUGUGUCUAAACCUGUCCUUAAUUCUGAAGAUCACAGUUUGUUGGGGGCUUUGUGUUCUUUGGCUGAUAAACAGGAUUGCACUAACCAGUCUCUAAGUGAUUCUGUGGGGACUAUCAAUGGUAAAAUAUGUUGUUCUGCCUCUACAUGUGAAAAUAACCAAGUUAUCUCAAAGUCAGAGAACUGUGGACCUGGGAGCCUUCUUAUUGCUGCUGAAUCUGGGCGUGCAGGUCAAGUUCCUGGUACUUUUCUGGAAUCUGAAAGCAUUCCUGAAACUAAGAUUACCUUUGACACUGCUGAAAUUGCUGAUAGUAGAAGUGAUAUUUUACUGCGCUCUGAAGAAAUGAAGGAUAUGUCUGCGUCUUGCUUGCUAGACUCUAGAUCUAACCUGGCAAAAGAGGAUCUUCCUGUUUCUACAUUUGAAAAUUUAUAUACUUUCAAGCCUGUGUCACCCAUUACUUGUUUUAAAGAUAGCUCAAAGCUUAGUUCUCCUGCCUGUGAAACAUCAGAUUUUGUUUUAGACAAGAAUCAUUCUCUUCCUAUUGAUUCUGAAGAAAAGAAGGUCAAGGUUUCACCUAAAUAUAAACCAAAUAGUCUACACUCUAAAUCAGUGUCAGAAGCAGAGUACCCAGUCCCAUUCUUGUCCCCAGUUGUCUGUGAUGUGGAAGCUACAGAACCUGUAAAGAUUGUACUAGGAAUGUCUUUCACUACACAGCAGAGAAAAGAGGAGCAAAGAACUUCAGGCCAGCUAAAUCUUCACUACCUUGCUGCUGCUGCUGCUGCUGCUGCUAAUUCAAACACCUUUGAAAUGGGUGAUCAAGCAAUUACAACUUUGUUUACAGAAUCAAGCAGCCAGUUUUCCGAAGAAGCACUGAAUGAUGUUGAAACAGGAAGGCAAGUACAAAUUAAAUCCCAAGACUUAACUGUUUUGCUCAAAAAGGCUGAUGAAAUAGUUGAUGUAGUUCUGCGUUUAGCCAUAGAAGAAAUAAGAUCAAAGCAAGCAGCUGGCGUCUGCCAGACUAAUGACAUUAAGGACAAUUUAUUAGGGCUCAGCCUUCAAAAAGAUCAGAAAAAUAGAAAAACGCUGUCAGAAUCAAAAGAAAUGCAGUCAAGGAAUUCAUCAUUAAAGCAUUUUAAUGAGGGUUGUAUCAGAAAGCUUUCUGAAGUUAAAGCAAAAGACACACUUGGCACAAAUAUUAAAGAUGAAAAAAUACCAUUUGACAUUACAGAUAAAAUUGACCUACAUAGUUCAAUAGCACUAAAAGCAAAAGAAAUAAUUGAUGAUGUUAUUAAUGCAGCCAUACGAAAAGUGACAUAUAAUCAGCAUGAGGACCAUCUGAGCAAUGGCAUUCUUCAAAAUUCAGCCCUUAAGUCCAACACUGAAGCAUCAAAGAAGCUUACUACUGAUACUGAAUUAACAGCUAAACUUCCCAAAAUAACUGAAGAUCCUUUAAAUUUAAGUCCAAUAUAUGGAACUUCAGUAUGCAAUAUAAUCAGUGAAGGUAAAGUAGCAAACUCCUCAGCAUCUUUGUAUAUUAAUAUUAAAGACGACCACAAAGAAAUAACAGGUGGAGAACAGAAAAAUGAAAAUGACUGGUCUGAUCCCACAGCUACAAUAGAAUGCAGCCCUCCUAUAGUCAAUGGCAAAAACAGUAAACAUACCAAUUGCCCUAUGUGCAUGACAGAUGCCGGUGAGGAAACAAAGUGGACAAUUGAUGAUGAAUCUGAAUAUUCCUCAUAUUCAAUAAAUGAAGAUACUGUAAUGGAUGAAGUGCAUUUGCCACCAUUUGGACCUUUAGAUUCACUUGGAAAUAAUCUAGGGAAGAAUCUGCCUGAAUAUGUUUUUAAAGAGGGUGACUCUGCAGAAGUUGUAAGAGAGGAACCAUGUGAAAAAUAUUAUGAAAUAGAAAGUGAAAAGGUCUGUGGUAAAAUGACGAAAGCUUACACAGUGCCACAGAAUGCUUAUAAAUUUGGCACCCAGUUCAGUAUGUCUGAACGGCCUGUAAUGAACAGCUCAGCAAAGAUUGGCUUGAACUCAGAUUUUUCCAUUAAGGAAGAAGCAGUCGUUGAGACAGGUUUAACAGUGCUCAAGGAAUAUUAUCUGGAUGUUGAUGAUGAUUGUGGAAAUGAAGAGAAAUCCCCCAAGUUAUUUGCUUCUUCACCACCAGAAGAGUUGGACAGCAGUUCUUUCACCAUUUUGUAUGAAGGUGCUCUUCAAGAUGAAAGCUAUUUAUUUUCAACAGAAGAACCAGAUCAUCCCUUAUCAUCCCUUCCUGACCAAUCCCUGGAUAAUAAUCAACAUUUUCUUAUGUGUGAAACUGUAAAAGGCAAACUUGAGUCUGUCCACCCUUGUGAACAAAGCAACCAAUUAAACAAUCUUUCUUCAGAAGCAUUCGUGACAGUGGAAGCAAAGCGAUUCAGUGUUUACCCUUUCUCUUUGUCUCCUAUAUAUGAAGAUGACAGUUCUCAAGAAGACUUGCUGUCCGCUGAUGGCUCACCAGAAGGUAAUCCUGUUGAAAGAGCCAACCAGGCCUUGUCAGUCUUAUCACUUCUUCAGUCAGUGUCUGAACGGUUAAGAUCUAGCAGCGAGUGUAAUGAAGAAGAGGAAGAGAAUAUUUGUGAAGAAAACAAACUAGAGGAUGAAAAAGAAGCAUAUCUUUCCAGUCAGGGGCCAAACAGCUCAUGUACAGCAGUCCCAGAAAACAUUCAUGAGAGGAGAUACUCACAUUUUCUUUCUAAGGAGGCACUUAACGCAGAAGAGACCUUAUCUUUAAGUUCAAUGCCUUCAGCUCAGCUUUUACAAAAAUCUGAUCGUGACAAAAGUUCUUCUUCAAAGAGUAUAUACUAUGAAAGUCUGCAGAGUUCAAGAACUUAUUCUAGCGAGAAGGGAACUCGAUUUAGGAGUGUUUUGGUGCCAAAGGAUCAGCAGCCUGAAAGUAGUGGCUUGCAAAAACCUGCAGCUUUUCAAGUGUGUCCUGUUGGCAGGGAAGGACUCAAAUGCAAUCAAAGACCAGGGAAAAUGGUUAUUUGUGAUGUUCACGGCAACACAAUUGAAAUUUACCAUGAUGUGCUAGAUGCUACAGCCUGGGUUUUUUCAAAAGAAGCACUGAUCAGAGUUGUCAGAGGAUGCUGGAUUAUGUAUGAGAAACCAGGAUUCCUGGGUGAGAAAUAUGUUCUAGAAGAAGGAGAGGAGAUGCUGCAUGAUCUAUUGAAUCCUCACAGUGAAAAACAUCAAAAGAACUUCAGAGUUGGUUCAAUCAGACAAGUAGUGAAGGAUUGCAGUGUUCCUGAGAUUGAGCUUUACCCACAAGAUAGCACAGAUCAUGUUCCUGUCUGCAUCCAGAGUGCAGUUGCUAAUUUAGAAGAACUGGAAGUCAAACCACAUACUCUUUUUGUGAAAGCAGGAGUAUGGCUUGCCUAUUCAGACAUUAAUUACAAAGGAGAGGUGAUGGUUUUGGAAGAAAACCACAGCCCAUGUGAAAUUUCAGCAGCUGAUGUAAAAUCUCUUCAUCCGUUGAAAAUGGGUGGACUGAAGGUUCAGAUGCCUACAAACAUUAAGAUGAUAAUAUAUGAGACCCCAUACUUUGGAGGAUGGCAUAAAGAGCUUUCUGAAAAUAUUGAUUGUUUUCCAAACCUUUUUGAAAAUGCUGACGAUUUCCAGGGAAUUGGAUCAAUACGUGUCAUUGGUGGAAUAUGGGUUGCCUAUGAGAAAGAACGAUAUAAAGGCCAGCAAUACUUGUUAGAGGAAGGAGAAUUUGAAGACUGGAAAUCUUGGGGUGGAGCGAGCAGUGUCCUGCUGUCUUUCAGAUUUUUGCAAGCUGACUUCAUGGAGUCUGCAAUAACGCUUUUUGAAACGGAUGAGGAAAAUGGCAAGUCGUUGGACAUUGCCAAUCAAGAAGUUCCUGAUUUGGAAAUGGCUGGAUUUGGCUCACUCACAAGAUCAGUUAAUGUGAAGAGUGGAGCAUGGGUUGCCUAUCAGCAGAAGCACUUCUGUGGAGAACAAUAUAUAUUGGAGAAAGGAAAAUAUAAAUGUUUUUUUGACUGGGGAGGAUCUAAUGAAACUAUUAUGUCAAUUCGUCCAAUUAAGUUGGAGCCACUAGGAAAUCAUGAACCCAAACACUGGCUUAAAGCUUUCAGCAGCACACAUUUCAAGGGAUCGUGUAUAGAUGUUACAAGAGAAGUUGCUGGUUUUGCAUCAUUUACACCUUGUUCUUUUAAGGUUCUUCGGGGAUGUUGGUUACUGCAUUACCAGGGGGAAACUGCUGAGGAUCAGUGUGUGCUGGAAGAAGACCUCUACCCUGACCUUACUUCCUGUGGUUGUCCAGCAGCUGCAGUCAAGUCCCUUAAGCCUCUUGAAUAUGUUUUUGCCGAGCCUUUGAUCAGCCUUUUCACUUUGGAGAACUGCGAAGGCAGAGAGCUGUACGUGCAAGAAGCAGUCAGUUCAAUUCUGAAUAAGAAUCUUCAUUUUCUUACCCAGUCUGUGUGGGUGAAAAGUGGACUAUGGAUAGCAUAUGAAGGAUGCAGUUUCUUAGGGAAGCAACUUCUCCUUGAACCCAGCAAGAUUUCGAACUGGACUCAGUUUAGUGGCUGGAAAGUAAUUGGCUCCCUUCGUCCUGUAAAGCAGCCAGCAGUUUACUUCAGAAUAAAGAACCGAUCCCUAGACAAAUACCUGACAGUUGCUGGGAAUCUAAUGGAUGCAAGAGCUGCAUCAUUAUGUCUUUCCCCAUUAAAUGGCAAGACUACUCAGAUCUGGCGCUACUGUUCUGGACUUCUCAAGUCCAAGGUUAAUGAUGCUUGCCUUGAUGUCAUUGGAGGCAGAGAUGUUCCUGGAGCUAAAGUGGCAUUGUGGGUAGAGCAUGGGAAGGCAAGACAGAAGUGGCUGCUCAACAAAGAUGGGACCAUCAGCUCAUACCUCAGUGACCAACUGGUUCUCGAUAUCAAAGGAGGAUAUUAUUAUGACAGGAGCCACAUUGUUGUAAACCAGCUCGACACCAGCAAAUGCACACAGAUAUGGGACUUCGAAAUAUUGUGAGUGUGUCUCACUCCACUAUAAAGGCAUUUUAAACUCUGAACAAAUGUGGGAUGAAAACACUGUUGAACAAACUACUGAAGUCACACAGCACUGGAGCGUGUUAUAGAAUGUGCCUGACUCUGCUAGCCAGGGAAUCCAAAACUGUCACAUGUUUAAGUGGCAAUGGAAUGCUGAACCUUAUAUUGUCUUCUUUACCCUUGUGAACAGAUAUAUUACAUAAGAGCAAUGGCAAAUUCAGCAGAGUCCUAUUAAGCAAUAAUGCUACAGUGGUGAUUAUGCAAACAUUCUCUACUUGCUAAUUAUGUGUUUUUUUUACCCCCUUUUCCUUAUCAUGUGAGAGCUAAAAAACAACAAAACUUUGAGCUGAAAUGCAUCUCCUACAGUUUUAAGCUACAAGUAGAAGCUUUUUGAUUAUUGCACUGUUUCCUCAUAUCUAGAUAGAUAUAUCUCACUUUUGAAAAAUUGAGUGUUUUGCCUCAGGUAAGUUUCAUCAUUGUAACUCAAAAUGGCGAUAAAACAAAUGCUUUGAGAACUGUAUAUGAAAAGACAGCUUAUUUAAUGUUAAGCUUAGUGCUAAUUCUCCAUUCUCAAUAGUAUUUUAUUGUAGAGGAGAAUUUAUGUAAGAGAUCUAGUGACUAAACUAUUCACUAGCAGUUUGGUAAUGCACAGAGCAUUGUCACAGAGAAAUAUUGGCAAUGAUUCAGAUUUUCUAUAGAAAACUUUCUGCUGUUGUUCCAGUCUACCUACUGUAGCCACAAUUCCAGCCAGUUAAAAAUCAAUGAGAUUAAAAAGUGUUUUACUAGGGAGAUUAAAGUAUAUGCUUGGUUUUUGCAGUGAUUAACUUUGGCUGCAUUGUGCCCUGGUUUUUUUCCCCUUCCACUUAUGAGUUAUUGAAAUCAGAACGCCAAAAGUGUUUGAUAAACUUAACAUAGCUCUAAGCCUUAGAGUAGUUCAUCCACUAGAGAACAAGUCAACACCACGCAUUCAGCUGUUUUCUGGAAAGUUGCACCAGCACUAUUUGUACCACUUUACAUAUGCAAAUUGUUGUGUGUGUUUGUUUUUUUUAAAAACCCUUUCCAAAAAUACGGAAAACCUAAGUGUAAAAGGAUAGGAUAAUUCCAGUUGAAGAUAAAUUCAGACUUGGGGCUCUGCUUCUGCCUAUCCUGCAAGAACCUUUCCACUUUCAUCUUUGCUCUUAGUUUUAAACUCAAACUUAAAUUGGAACUGUGCAAAACAAUGUCUGAGUUUAAAACUAAAUUUGCAGUCUAAUACAGUUGUUCACUCCAGUGUAUCUCGAGCUCCUAGUAAUUAAAAUCGUUCUGACUGGCUGCUUUGGCAGGAAAUGAGCCACAGGGACUGAAUUUAGCAGAAUUCUAACCACUUUUAAAGGGCUUGAGGUAUGCAACCUCUUAUGUUAAUAAAUGAAAAUGGUGGCCACAUGUUCAGGGCCUGUUUGCACAUGUAGCUUUCCAUGCAACUGUGUUAUGCACCUGGAUGCUGGAUCAGUUUGUUAUUUCUGUGUACCUUAAUGUAUUUUUUGGAAACAAUUGAACAUCAAGCUUGAAUAGCUAAAACCAAACGGUGUAAGACUAGAUUUCUCAUAUUUGCUAUAGCUGCACAGUUAAGGAAAAAGUAAAAACUUUGGGGGGAAAACCUCUAUUUUUAUAAUGAAGAUAUGGCAUUCUUAAUAUAUUAACAUCUACCUAAGGGCUUGAGCCACAAGUCUGCUGCAUUGUGCCAUCAACCACAUGCAUUCUGGAGACACAACAGACCUUGCCACAUCUCCCAUCACUGGUUGCAGAAGCAGCAGAGGCACCCUGGGCUGCAAACUGUUGCAGUAGCUCACACCAGUAACAGCAGCCUUGACUGGCUCUUGCACAACCUCUACCAGCAGUUCAGUCUUCGUAUCCUAAAAAAACCUAGUUUUUCUAGAACCAAGGGAGCUAUGCAAGGUGAAAUGCUGCAUAUGUGUGUGUGCACUGCAUCCUAAUAAGCACUUUAGAUUGUAAAAUAAAUAAUACACCUACUUUUUCAUUUUUACGUCACUAGGAUCUUUAAAUGUAUUUUCAUCUGAAGCACUUGUUUAAUAGAUGGAAUUUGUGUAGGCUAAAAUCAAACAAUUCUGAAACUACAUUUAAUACUUUUUUUAAAAAGUGCUUUCAAGCCCAUGUAAAAUCCAGUCAACCUCAAAUAAGAUGCUCUCAUUUUGUGUAUCAGUGUUAUGUAACUAUGACUACAAUAAAAACCCCACUUAGUGGGAGUAAGCCCGAUUCAACAGAAAUCUAAGUAAGCGUGAAUGGAGUUGCACUCUUAAGCGCAGCAGACUUUUAGGAUACAGUCGUACCUUGGAAGCCGAAUGCCUUGUCAGUUGAACGUUUUGGCUCCCGAACGCCGCAAACCCGGAAGUGAGUGUUCCGGUUUGUGAACAUGCUUUGAAAGCCAAACGUCUGACAUGGCUUCCGAUUGCAUGCAGAAAGCUCCUGCAGCCAAUCAGAAGCCGUGCCUUGGUUGCCGAACGGAUUCCGUUUGGCUUCUAAGGUACAGCUGUAUUUGCUCUAGUCCCACCCACAGGCACAGCUCCCAAAAGUGAAGGACUUACAGACUGGUGCUUUGAAAGACCAGUAACUUUAUUAGACAUGGUGGUAUUGGGGACCAAAACAGCUCUAUUGCACCUGUGGGACUAUUUCUAUCCACAAGGCUUGUACCCACAGAGACACAAUACUUGAGCUGCAGAGUUUAGAGGGUCAUUCUGACUGGAAUGUACGUGUGUAUAUUUAAUGUAUAUAAAGUGUUAAAGGACAGAAGGGGUGGAUUGCCUUUAUCCUGUUCAUGGUAUAUUUAUCACAAACUGCAAUAAUAUUUUUUAAAUGAUGCAAGGGAGAAUUCCGCCCC